GUGGAUCCGUGUACGUACGAUCACAACAACUGGCUCCGGCAUCAUCGCGCUUGAGCUAGCCAGUGCCAGACUAGUGCUUUUAUAGGGGGCUCGAUCCAUCGUUCAAGCGUCCAUGCAUCCAUCCAUCCAUUGCAAUGGCGCAAAUAACCAUCUCCGCAGUAGCUAUAGCGGCAGCGGCACUGAUACUAAUGCCGGUGUUCACUUUCACCAGAGGAUCAGUAGCAGCAGCAGGUGAUCCGAUGCCGCCGCCGCCGCCGAUCGGGUUGCCGGGCUGCGUCACGUCCUGCGGGGACGUGGAGGUGCCGUACCAGUUCGGCAUUGGCAAGGACACCAGCUGCUACCUGCCGGGCUUCAACCUCACCUGCGACAACAAUACCGGCUCAGGGCCACGGCUGCUGCUCGACGCCGACGGCACUAUUCAAGUCCUCCAGAUCCAAGACGUCUCGUCCCCCAUUAUGCUGGUCCAACGCAAUGGCGACGUGAAAAUGGACGUCGAUGCCAAUGGCAACGGCAACGGCACGUUCAGCCGCAGCCUUAGGCACGACGGGCCAUACAUGUUUUACAGCCAUAGCGAGCUCAUCCUCACAGGUUGCAACGUCCAAGCGACGGUGAAGAGUGGCCGCGUAAUCCUGGCCAGCUGCACCUCACUCUGCGACGACACAAGCACAACACACGAUGAAGGCAGUGUGUUCGACCGAUGCUCCGGCGGUAGCACAGGCUGCUGCCGUGCGGACAUCGUCACACGCAGCUACGACGACAACGGCAAAGUAUACAACAGCAGUAGCACCGACACGGCGUCCGCAUGCGAUGUAGAGAUCAAAAGGUUGGGUUGUUGGAACCAUAGCUGCGCAGACUUGGAGCAAUUCCCCGUGCGAGUGUUUGUCGCGGACCGUAGAUGGUUCGGCAACGCCUCCAUCUCAAACGAACUGCUACAAGCAGGUCGGCCCCCGUCUACCGAGACAAUGGCAGUUCCUGUUUGGCUGCAGUGGGAUGUUGUUGGCCCCAGUCUCUGCAAGAGCAACCACAGCGAAGUCAUAGAGGGUUUGAAUGGUAUAAGAAGAGGAGGGUAUACGUGCACCUGUAAAGACGGUUACGAUGGCAAUCCCUACCUCACCGACGGAUGCAAAGAUUACAACGAGUGCAAGCGCUGGCCACAAGAAGACACUGGCUGCUACGGUGAAUGCAGAAACACGGAAGGAUCUUUCACGUGCCGGUGCCCAUCAGGAACCACUGGCAACCACUCCAUACCCGGUGGCUGCGUCAACACUACUGUCGCUGUUUCAGAUAGCUGCAUGACGUCGUGCGGGGAUGUGAAGGUGCCGUAUCCUUUCGGUUUUGGCCCGUCCAAGUGUUACUCGCCAGGCUUCGGCCUAGCUUGCGACACCACCCAUCACCCUCCACAGCUGCUCCUCGGCAGCGGCCGGUUCCGAGUCAUCAAUAUCUCCCUUGUCGACACCACGGUGCACGUCAUCCAUACCACUGACCUUAUGCUCAACGCUAUGUUCAAAGCUCAUGGGGUCCCAAAAAUACUGGGCGGAUUUCCUACCUUUUUUGACAAGGAGGCGCCCUACUCGCUGUCUACCGGCAACGAGCUCAUCCUGACAGGAUGCAACGUGCAGGCGACACUACUAGGGCAUGGCAACCCGGCCAUCAUCAGCGGAUGCGCCUCGUUCUGCUCGCACAACGACACCACCACCACCAGCCGCCGCAUAGGCACAGUGGGGUGGCCAACAGGUGGCAUCCAUGGUGGAAGCGGCGGUGGCAAGUACUGCUACGGCAUGGGAUGCUGUCAAGCGCGCAUCUCUGAAUCCAUUGAUGGAAUGCCAAAGGAACUGCGCUUCAGUUGGGUCGACACCACCAAACCCCAGUACUUUAUGCCGUUGCCUGGAUUCGUGUUCAUUGCAAAGGAGGGCUGGUUCGACCAGCCGGGGAUCACUAGCAAACUGAUGCGUGAGCAUGGCCAGACGUUGACAGAAGAAAUUGAGGUUCCCCUUCUUCUCCGGUGGGAGGUCUUGCUCUUGCAUGGUGGCUCAUCAUCAUCCUCGCAUCCGGACUGCGACAGGGAUCAGGCAGCUCGUGACCUCUGUAAGAGCGAGCAAAGUCACUGCCAAGGCGGGACCAGAGGCUAUUCGUGUCAGUGCAACCACGGCUACCAUGGCAACCCCUACAUGCACGACGGAUGCAAAGGUGGCAUUAAAAAACCCAUCAAAGGUUUAAACAUCAUUAUUGGAGUUUCCAGUGGGGCCGGCCUCAUACUUUUGGUCCUCAUUACAUACUUUAUUUCCUACAUACUGAAGCAUCAAAGAGCACAAAUGUUGAAAGGGAAGUAUUUCGAGCAAAACCGUGGGCAAUUGUUGCAACAAUUGGUAUCUCAAAGAGCUGAUAUUGCAGAAAGAAUGAUCAUAAGCUUGGAAGAGCUAGAGAAAGCAACAAAUAAUUUUGAUAAAUCUCGUGAGCUUGGUGGUGGUGGGCAUGGUACCGUCUAUAAAGGGAUUCUAUCGGACCUCCAAGUUGUAGCCAUCAAAAAAACAAAGAUGGUGGUGCAAAGGGAGAUUGAUGAGUUCAUUAAUGAGGUUGCUAUCCUAUCACAAAUCAAUCAUAGAAAUGUAGUAAAACUAUAUGGUUGUUGCCUUGAAACAAAAGUGCCAUUAUUAGUCUAUGAGUUUAUAUCCAAUGGAACUCUUUAUGAUCAUCUUCACGUCGAAGGACCAAUAUCAUUGUCAUGGGAUGAUAGGCUACGGAUAGCAACAGAAACUGCAAAAUCUCUUGCCCAUCUUCACUCAACAGCUUUAGUACCUAUCAUCCAUAGAGAUGUCAAGCCUGCUAACAUACUUCUGGAUGAUACUCUAACAGCAAAGGUAGCAGAUUUUGGAGCUUCAAGGUACAUUCCAUUGGACAAAUCAGGUUUAACAACAAAUGUGCAAGGUACACUAGGAUAUCUGGACCCAAUGUACAUGCACACAUGGCGCCUCACAGAGAAAAGUGAUGUUUAUAGCUUUGGUGUUAUGCUUAUAGAGCUAAUGACUAGAAAGAAGCCAUUUACCUAUAUGGCUUCCGAAGGCAAUGGUCUUGUGGCACAUUUUGCUACCUUAUUUGUGGAAGGCAAUUUGUCCGAGAUACUUGAUCCACAAGUUAUGAGUGAGGGUGGCAACAGAAUUGAUGAAAUCACUGCAAUUGCAGUAGCAUGUGUCAAGUUAAGAGGGGAGGAACGACCAACCAUGAGACAAGUAGAGCUGAGACUGGAAGCUGUGCGAUCACCCGUGGAAUUUGAGGCAAAUGGUGGUAUUGUAGCAAAUUCUCCAUUAGCAUGCGGACCGGGAUUGACUAGCAGGCAGUAUAGCAUGGAAGAAGAGUACAUGUUGUCUGCAAGAUAUCCACGGUAGUUCUGAGAUUACAUGAGUUGAACACACUUAACUUUACAAGAUUUAUGUGCAAUCUGCUACCUUAGUGAAAAAAGCGUUUCAAGACCUUUUUCUCUAAUGGCACCUUUGAUCCUUAGCUUUUUAUUACUUUUCAUAUCCAGUGUAACCUCACGAUCUCUUGCAUUGCUCUCAUGGUGGCUGUUUUCUA